AUGGAGCAUUUCUUUUCACUUCUUGGCUCUCUUAUAUCUACAUCUCUUAUCUCUCUAAGAUGGAAUGAGCUUUGUUUUGUACUAUUACUGAGCUUUUUCUCACUAGGAUGCUACUCCAUAUUCAAGAAACAAAAAAUUCAAGUUUUUAUUCGUUGGCCCAUUGUUGAUGUCCUGCCGUCACUCCUGCAAAAUGUUCAUCGUGUCCACGAUUGGUCUGCUGAGCUCUCAGCCGUCGUCGGUGGCACCAUUGUUGGUCGAGGACCAAUUUUUGGGAGCUUGGAAGUACUUUUCACAUGUGAUCCGAAGAACGUUGAGCACAUGGUGAAAACUAAAUUCAAUAAUUACCAAAAAGGUCCCGAGUUCUUGGAAACUUUUAGUCUUAUUGGAAAGGGUAUUUUCAAUGUUGGAUUUGAUGAAUGGCUAGCACAAAGAAAAAUGGCACAUCCAAAGUUUACAUCGAAUACAUUUCGCAACACCGUCGCCAGCGUAAGCCAUGCGAUAGUGCAAGAUGCAUUAUUGCCAUUAUUAUCACAUAUUGCAAAGCAUGAAUGGGUCGUGGAUUUAGAAGACGUUUUCUUAAGAUAUACUUAUGAUAGUACCUUCAGAGUGAUCUUUGGAGGAAACAGUAGUAAUCUAUCCUUAGAAUUUCCGGAGAACGAAUUGGGGAAAGCUAUCGAUGAUGGAACAGAAGCAAUGUUCUUUCGUAAUGUAACGCCAAGCCAGUGGUGGAAAUUAUUAAGGUGGUUAAAACUUGGAAAGGAGAAAAAACUAUAUGAAGCCGCCAAAAUCGUCGACAAACAUCUAUAUCAAAUUAUUUCUUCAAAGAGAAAUGAAUUGAGCAAAGGUGUUGAAGCAAAUGACCUGUUAGCAGCGUAUAUGACGUCUAACAAAAAUCCUAUUACCUCCAAGUCGCUGUCGUUAACAUUUGACGAUAAGUUUCUUAGAGAUACUGCUUUGACAUUUCUUUUUGCAGGAAGAGAUUCAACAGGUACCGCCCUCACUUGGUUUUUCUGGUCGAUAUCGAAAAGCCCUCAUGUGGAAGAAAAGAUCUUGCAAGAGCUCAAGGAAGUUUUAACUUCAAAACAUACAAAUGGUGAUACUGAAGAUCAGAAGUCAUCACUAAAGGAUUUUAAGUCGGAAGAAUUGAAAGAUUUGGUUUAUCUGCAUGCAGCAUUAUGUGAAGCCCUGAGGUUAUAUCCACCACUUCCUAUGAAUCAAAGAAUAGCUGUAAAUGAUGAUGUGCUCCCAAAUGGUACUGUUGUAAAGCAAGGAACAAAAAUCUUAAUAUCAUAUUAUGCAAUGGCAAGGAUGGAAUGGGUUUGGGGUGAAGAUUGUCAUGAGUUUAAACCAGAAAGAUGGAUCGAUGAGAACGGGAAGUUAAGUCCUGAACCAUUAACUAAACUCUUUACUUUUAAUGCAGGGAUAAGAAAUUGUAUUGGUAAAGAAAUGGCAUUUACACAGAUGAAAGCUGUUGUCGCAUCAAUGAUGUUCAACUUUAAAGUUGAGUUGGUCGAAGGUCAAGUUAUGAAAUCAAAACCAUCUUUGGUUCUCCAUACUAAAAAUGGUAUGAAGGUAAGAAUUAAAAAAAGGGCAUCAUUACUAUAG